ACAUAAGAACUGGAAUUUAAUUGAUCAACUCAAACCAUGAAUAUGAAGUAUGUCAUUGUGCUUGUCAUAGCAAUAGCAGCAAUCGCAGAAGGUGCAGAAUACACUGUAGGAGACGAUAUGGGUUGGAUGGUUCCUCCCACUCCCGACUAUUAUACUACAUGGGUUUCCAAGUAUCACUUUGUUGAGGAUGAUUCUCUAGUGUUUAACUUUCCUCAAGGAAUUCAUGACAUCACUGUACUAACCGAGGAAGACUUCAACGCCUGCAACAUGACGAAUCCCUUAGUGCAAUUCCAAGAACCAGGUGAAGUUACGGUUUCCGCAACUGGCACAUUUUACUUCACAUGCAGCUUUGGCGAGCACUGCGCCAGCGGGCAAAAGUUUGCCAUUACUUUUGCCUCUCCACCUUUGCCUCCCAGUCCAUGUCCGAGUCCAACUAAUUCUGCUGCUGCUGAUCGAUCUACGGAGUCCCUGCCUUUCAAGUUUGUAUCGGAAAAGAUGAGUAACUAGCUGAUCCUAUUCAAAGUUCAAACCGUGGAGCAAAAGUCCUUGCUACCUAGAAAUAAAACAAGAAGCCCUAAUUGAGGCGUGCCAUAUCUGUGGUCUAUCAUGUCAUCUAGAAACCAAAAAUAAGAUUAUGAUCGAAUUCCGAUAAUUUAUUUUUAAAUCUUAAUAAAUUUCUAAUUAAUUAGUUUUG